GUUGCCCUUUAACUUGAGCUCCCCUACCCUUCUCUUCCUCUUCCCACUCUCUCUCUCUCUCUCUCUCUGCUCCUUUUUCAUCUUCCUCUAACCUUCACAUCCUGCAUCUUCUUCGCUACUGAUUAAUCUCCGUUAAUGGCGCAUCAGAUCUAAACCUCGGAUAUAUAACGCCUUAGCUCUUGUUCAAACGCUUGCCAAUUUUCGUAUCUGGGUCGAUCUUCGAGAUCUCGAGGAUUAUCGCCGCACCGCAAUGCAUAAGCGAGUGGCCUUGUCGUUCCCAGAAGAAGUGCUGGAGCACGUGUUCUCGUUUAUACACGUGGACAAGGAUAGGAACUCGGUGUCCCUGGUGUGCAAGUCAUGGUACGAGAUCGAGCGGUGGUGCAGGAGGAAAGUCUUCAUUGGGAACUGUUACGCCGUGAGCCCAGCGACGGUGAUCCGGAGGUUCCCGAAAGUGAGAUCCGUGGAGCUGAAGGGGAAGCCUCACUUCGCUGACUUUAAUUUGGUGCCCGAUGGAUGGGGAGGUUACGUGUACCCUUGGAUUGAGGCGAUGUCGUCGUCCUACACGUGGCUUGAGGAGAUAAGGCUGAAGCGGAUGGUGGUGAGCGACGAGUGCUUGGAGCUCAUCGCCAAGUCGUUUAAGAAUUUCAAGGUUCUCGUGCUUUCUUCCUGCGAUGGCUUCUCCACCGAUGGCCUCGCUGCCAUCGCUGCCAGUUGCAGGAAUCUGAAAGAGCUUGAUUUGCGUGAGAGUGAUGUUGACGAUGUAAGCGGGCACUGGCUUAGCCAUUUCCCAGAUACGUACACAUCUUUGGUUUCACUCAACAUCUCAUGCUUAGCCUCCGAGGUCAGUUUCUCUGCGCUGGAAAGGCUGGUGAGUAGGUGUCCCAAUCUCAAGUCUCUGAAGCUUAACCGAGCUGUUCCUCUUGAAAAGUUGGCCACUUUACUUCAACGAGCACCUCAAUUGGAGGAAUUAGGCACCGGCGGGUACACUGCUGAAGUGAGGCCAGAUGUGUUCUCUGCUUUAUCUGUGGCUCUCUCUGGGUGCAAGAAGUUGAAGUGUUUAUCUGGGUUUUGGGAUGCUGCUCCUGCCUAUCUUCCAGCAGUUUAUUCUGCUUGCAGUCGGCUUACAACUUUGAACCUGAGCUAUGCGACAGUCCAGAGCUAUGAUCUUGUCAAGCUUCUUAGUCAGUGUCCUAAAUUGCAGCGCCUGUGGGUGCUGGACUAUAUCGAGGAUGCUGGUCUUGAGGUACUUGCUUCAACCUGUAAGGACCUUCGCGAGCUCAGAGUGUUUCCGUCUGAGCCUUUCGUCAUGGAGGCAAACGUUGGACUGACAGAACAAGGGCUUGUCUCCGUCUCCAUUGGCUGUCCGAAACUUGAGUCGGUUCUGUACUUCUGCCGUCAAAUGACAAAUGCUGCGUUGGUAACCAUUGCUAGGAACCGUCCCAACAUGACUCGCUUCAGGUUGUGCAUCAUAGAGCCCAAAGCGCCAGACUAUCUGACUCUAGAGCCGCUGGAUGUGGGGUUUGGAGCCAUAGUGGAGCACUGCAAAGAGCUCCGGCGGCUCUCCCUAUCAGGGCUAUUGACGGACAAGGUUUUCGAGUACAUUGGGACAUAUGCAAAGAAGAUGGAAAUGCUGUCAGUGGCGUUUGCGGGAGACAGUGACUUGGGGAUGCAUCAUGUGUUGUCGGGGUGCGAAAGCCUGAGGAAACUAGAGAUAAGGGACUGCCCGUUUGGAGACAAGGCGCUGUUGGCGAAUGCUUCAAAGCUGGAGACAAUGCGAUCCCUUUGGAUGUCUUCUUGUUCCGUGAGUUUUGGAGCCUGCAAGUUGUUAGGACAGAAGAUGCCAAAGCUAAAUGUGGAAGUCAUCGAUGAAAGGGGUCCACCAGACUCGAGACCCGAGAGCUGCCCUGUUGAGAGAGUGUUCAUAUACAGAACAGUGGCUGGCCCUCGGUUUGACAUGCCUGGCUUCGUCUGGAACAUGGACCAACACUCGACCAUGAGCUUUUCCAGGCAAAUCAUCACUACUAACGGGUUAUAAAAACUACAAACGAGGUACAUUUUUUCAUUAAUCCUUGUGUUCUUCACCCAUCGUUCCAGUUCAGGAACACGGGAGAAAGAUGGAGAGAGAGAGAGAGAGAGAGAGAGAGCUGUGUCGCCAUUGAAUUGAAUUAUGGGCUUCUUCAUAUAACCACCAAGCUCGUGAGCAAUAAUAAGUGAAGAAAAGAGAGAGAGAAAGACUUUGGUCUUUUUGUGUUUUUAUAUAAGAAUUUGUAUUGGUUGUCUGUUUGUUUGUCUACUUACUGAGAGAGAUCCUGGUGGGGUAUUAUUUUCUUGAGAGGGAGGAUAAGAGCUUUUUUUCAAAAGACUGUCAAAAAUUGUAACUGCUUCACUUGUUUGGACUCUUUUUUAUCCUUUUCAAGUGUUUGGUCUCUUGUCUUUGCCAUUUCAUUUGUUCA